GCAGGGGGCUGCCGUGCGCGGGGGGCCGCUGGCGGGGCUUAGUCCUCCUGGGUGAGCUGCGCGGAGCCGGCCCGGCCGCCGGGGGCAGCGGGGGCUUGGCCGCGGGCAGGGGGUGUCGCUGUGGCUGCCCCCUCCUGCGGGCGGGGGGUCGGAGGGGAGCCCUGCCGGGGAAGCCGCGGCGGGGCAGUGGGUCUCCCCGAGCUGGCUCGGGGCCCCCGCUGAGGGACACGAAGAGGACUCCGCGCCCGGCAGCUGCCCAGGGGGAGCGGGCCGGCGGCUCCCCCUGCUUGUGGAUUAUAAACGCCCAGGCGCUGCCCCUGAAGCCGCCGGGCCUGACACGGGAGGGCGCUGGGCAGCCCCGCACCCAGUGCCCCGGCGGCUGGGCAGCAGCGCCGAGCCACGGCCGCAGGACUAGCGGGAAAGGCUGCACCAAGCCGCCGAGGCACCAAGGCGGGGAGCCGGCCGAGCAGCCAGGGAGCGGUGCGGGUCCGGAGCGCCCAGGCAUCUUCGCCUCCCUCGGGACCGACUGCAGCGGGGCCCGGAGCCCCGGAGAGGAGGCGAGCGGACAGCAGUGGGGCCGGGACAAUGGGGCUGGCUCCCUGGACAAUGCGGGCGGCCAGAGGGACGGAGACUGCUGCGGCUGUGCGAGCCGGAGCCACCUGCGCGCUGUCACAGGGGCCCCGAGCUCCCCCGGGAGCUGGCUGAGCGCGGCGGGCGCAGGGCACUCCCUGCAUGGCGAGAGGCUGUGCGUAAUGCAAGUGUCCAGGCACCAGCCCAGUCCCGGAGCGUCUAACUGCACGGAUCCUUGGCAGCUGGAAAUCUGGGGGUCCCUGGCCCCGGGGGCGAAGCCCCGGCACCCGGAGAGGUACCCGCCGGCCUCGGAGAGCCGCUCCUGGUUUGCAAAGAUGCAGCUGAGGCCGCCACCCCGCCGCCGCGGCCGCUCGCACCUCAGUGAGUGGCUGACCCUAGUGACCUGCCUUCAGCUGUGUGCAGGGAGACAGCCGCACGGGGGCACGUCCUGCCGGCGCGCAGGUGAGUGCUGGGGGGCCAGCCCGGACCAUACUGUGCGCUUGGAGAAAGCUACGAAAGGGCAGGCGCAGGCCGGUGAGUUGGGAGAGGCCGUUUCAGCACCACCUGCGCCCGGGACAGCUCCCAGAGCGGAGCUAGGACUCGAUCCAGCCCGCGCUCCGCCCACGCCGCACAGAAAGCAGGAUCCCUGUCUGUUUUUUCACCUGUUUGAUUCCACCAAAGGCUGUUUACAAACUCUCUGCUUUGCCGUGGACUUUGGGAGCCCGUCAGCCCUGGAGCUCUUUGCUCACCUGCCAGUAAAGCCUAGUCCAGCUAUACAGCUUGAUCUAUCACAUUAUCCGCCUGUCAAGCGAAGGAGGAGGAGAGAGAGUGCAUUCCCACCAUUAGUAAGGACUGGCAGGGCAGCCAACCGCCACCCCCACUUCCCUCAGUACAAUUACCAGGUUCAGGUGGCUGAAAACCAGCCUCCAGGGACUCCUGUGAUAACUAUGGCAGCACAAGACCCCGAUUCAGGGGAGGCUGGGAAGCUAGUCUACUCCAUGGAUGCCCUAAUGAAUAGCAGGUCCAUGGAGCUGUUUAGCAUUGACCCCAAGAAUGGUCUCAUCACCACCACCAAAGCUUUGGAUAGAGAGACUAUGGACCUGCACUAUUUCCGGGUUACUGCUGUGGAUCAUGGGGUCCCCCGCCUUUCUGCCACCACCAUGAUUGCUGUAACUGUUGCUGACCGAAAUGAUCAUGACCCUGUUUUUGAGCAGAGUGAGUACAGAGAGACUAUUAGGGAAAAUGUAGAAGAAGGCUACCCUAUCUUACAGCUGAGGGCCACGGAUGUGGACUCCCCACCCAAUGCAAACAUCAGGUAUCGAUUUGUGAAUGAACAAGCAGCCCACUCUGUCUUCGAGAUAGAUCCCAGGUCAGGUCUGAUCACCACCAGUGGGCAAGUGGACAGAGAGAAAAUGGAGAAAUAUUCUUUGGUGGUGGAGGCAAACGACCAGGGUAAGGAGCCUGGCCCCAGAUCUGCCACGGUUAAAGUCUAUAUCACAGUUCUGGAUGAGAAUGACAAUGCCCCUCAGUUCAGUGAAAAACGCUACAUUGUCCAGGUGAGAGAGGAUAUAAGACCCCAUAUGGAAAUCUUGCGCGUUACUGCCACUGACAUGGACAAAGACAAUAAUGCUUUAGUCCAUUAUAACAUCAUCAGUGGGAACAGCAGGGGCCAGUUCUCCAUUGACAGUGUGACUGGGGAAAUACAGGUGGUGGCACCUUUGGAUUUUGAAGUUGAACGUGAAUAUGCCCUGAGGAUACGUGCUCAGGACGCAGGGCGCCCUCCUUUGUCUAACAACACUGGCAUGGCCAGCAUCCAAGUAGUGGACAUUAAUGAUCAUGCCCCAAUCUUUGUCAGUACCCCUUUUCAAAUCUCCGUCCUGGAAAAUGCCCCCCUUGGCCAUUCAGUGAUCCACAUCCAGGCGGUGGAUGCAGAUUAUGGGGAGAAUUCUCGUCUGGAAUAUAAACUAACUGGGGUCUCAGCUGACACCCCUUUUGUGGUGAACAGUGCCACUGGGUGGAUCACAGUGAGUGGCCCCUUGGACCGUGAGUCAGUGGAGCACUAUUUCUUUGGGGUGGAGGCUCGGGACCAUGGCUCUCCAUCCUUAUCUGCCUCCGCUAGUGUCACUAUCACUGUCAUGGAUGUGAAUGACAAUCGACCUGAAUUCACCCAAAAGGAGUAUUUCAUCCGGCUAAAUGAGGAUGCUGUUGUGGGGACCAGUGUUCUCAGUGUCACGGCAAUCGACAGGGAUGUGAACAGUGCCAUAAGCUACCAGAUAACAGGGGGGAACACCCGUAACCGCUUCUCUAUCAGCACUCAGGGAGGCGUGGGGCUGAUCACUCUCUCGCUACCCUUGGACUACAAGCAAGAGAGGCGCUAUGUGCUAACAGUGACUGCCUCUGACCGGACCCUGCAUGACAACUGUCACAUUCAUAUCAACAUCACUGAUGCCAACACCCAUAGGCCUGUGUUCCAAAGUGCCCACUAUUCAGUGAGUGUCAAUGAGGACCGUCCUGUGGGCAGCACUGUGGUGGUAAUUGGUGCCACUGAUGAUGAUGUGGGGGAAAAUGCCAGGAUCACUUAUUACCUAGAGGACAAUAUUCCUCAGUUUCGUAUUGAUGCGGACUCUGGUGCCAUCACAUUGCAGGCGGAGCUGGACUAUGAAGACCAGGUCACCUACACCUUGGCCAUCACUGCCAAAGAUAAUGGGAUCCCUCAGAAAGCGGACACCACCUAUGUAGAAAUCAUGGUGAAUGAUGUAAAUGACAAUGCCCCUCAGUUUGUCAGCGCUCACUAUCAAGGCAUUAUAUCGGAGGAUGCCCCUUCAUUCACCAGCGUGCUCCAGAUCUCUGCCACUGAUCGCGAUGCCCACACCAAUGGGCGGGUACAAUACACCUUCCAGAAUGGGGAGGAUGGGGAUGGGGAUUUUACCAUAGAGCCCACCUCUGGGAUUAUCCGUACUGUCCGCAGGCUGGACCGAGAGAAUGUCCCAGUCUAUGAGCUGACUGCCUAUGCUGUGGACAGGGGGGUCCCCGCGCAAAGAACCCCUGUCAACAUUCAAGUCACUGUUCAAGAUGUGAAUGACAAUGCCCCUGUUUUCCCAGCUGAAGAGUUUGAGGUUUUGGUGAAGGAGAACAGCAUUGUGGGCUCUGUGGUGGCCCAGAUCACAGCCAUUGACCCAGAUGAGGGACCUAAUGCCCAGGUCAUGUAUCAGAUUGUGGAAGGCAACAUCCCGGAGAUCUUCCAGAUGGACAUAUUUUCUGGGGAGCUCACUGCCUUGAUUGACCUGGAUUAUGAGACAAAGCCCGAGUAUGUAAUUGUGGUCCAGGCCACGUCUGCCCCCCUGGUCAGCAGAGCCACAGUCCACAUCAAGCUCAUUGACCAGAAUGACAACAGCCCCGUCCUCAAGAACUUCCAGAUCCUCUUCAACAACUACAUUUCCAACAGGUCCAACACCUUCCCUUCCGGGGUCAUAGGGAAGAUCCCGGCUUAUGACCCAGAUGUGUCCGACAAGCUCUUCUACACUUUUGAACGGGGCAAUGAGCUGCACUUGUUGAUUGUAAAUCAGUCAAGUGGUGAGCUGAGGCUGAGCCGUAAGCUGGACAACAAUCGUCCCCUGGUGGCCUCCAUGCUGGUGACAGUCACAGACGGGAUCCACAGCGUGACAGCCCAGUGCGUCCUGCGUGUCAUCGUCAUCACAGAGGACAUGCUGGCCAACAGCAUCACUGUGCGGCUGGAGAACAUGUGGCAGGAACGCUUCCUCUCGCCGCUGCUCACCAGCUUCCUGGAGGGCGUGGCCACUGUGUUGGCCACACCCAAGGAGGAUGUCUUCAUCUUCAACAUCCAGAACGACACGGAUGUGGGGGGCUCGGUGCUGAACGUCAGCUUCUCAGCGCUGGCUCCCCGCGGCGGCCACUUCUUCAGCUCGGAGGAGCUUCAGGAGCAGCUGUACAUGAAGCGCAUGACUCUGACCUCCGUCUCCAUGCUGGAGGUGCUGCCCUUCGAUGACAACGUCUGCCUGCGGGAGCCAUGCCAGAACUACAUGAAGUGCAUCUCCGUGCUCAAGUUCGACAGCUCGGCCCCCUUCAUCGCCUCCCCGUCCACCCUCUUCCGGCCCAUCCACCCCAUCACAGGUCUGCGCUGCCGCUGCCCCCAGGGCUUCACCGGGGACUACUGUGAAACCGAGAUCAACCUGUGCUACUCCAACCCCUGCCAUAAUGGGGGCAUCUGCACCCGCAGGGAGGGUGGCUACACCUGCAUCUGCCACCAGCACUUCACAGGUGACAACUGCGAGGUGGACAGCCGCUCAGGGCGCUGCCUCCCUGGCGUGUGCCGGAACGGCGGCACCUGCACCAACUCUGCGGAUGGCGGCUUCCAAUGCCAGUGCCCCUCUGGGGGCUUUGAGAAGCCCUACUGCGAAGUCUCCACACGCUCCUUCCCCCCCAAGUCCUUCGUCAUGUUCCGGGGGCUGCGCCAGAGGUUCCACCUCACCCUCUCCCUCUCGUUCGCCACCCUGGAGCGCAGCGGCCUCUUGCUCUACAAUGGGCGCCUGAAUGAGAAGCAUGACUUCCUGGCCGUGGAAAUCAUUGAUGGGCAAGUCCAGCUGAAAUACUCCACAGGUGAGUCGAGCACCCUGGUGACCCCGUACCUGCCGGGGGGUGUGAGUGAUGGGCAGUGGCAUACAGUGCAGCUCCGCUACUACAACAAGCCCAAGAUUGGCUCCCUGGGGGUGGUGCAGGGGCCUUCCAAAGACAAGGUGGCCAUCCUGAUGGUGGACGAAUGCGAUGCAUCGGUGGCACUGCAGUUCGGCAGUGAGAUUGGCAACUACUCCUGCGCAGCAGAGGGCACGCAGUCCAGCUCCAAGAAGUCCCUCGACCUCACAGGGCCCCUGCUCCUCGGAGGGGUCCCCAAUCUGCCUGAGAACUUCCCAGUGGCCCACAGGGACUUUGUGGGGUGCAUGAGAGACCUGUACAUCGACAGCAAACGGAUCGACCUGGCUACCUACAUUGCAAACAAUGGGACCUCUGCAGGAUGCCACGCCAAGCACACCUUCUGUGAUUCCAACCCCUGCAAGAACGGUGGCACCUGCUCAGUGGGCUGGGGAACCUUCUCCUGCGAGUGCCUUGUGGGCUUCGGGGGCAAGGACUGUAGGCAUGCCAUGCACCAUGCUCACUAUUUCCAUGGCAACAGCAUCCUUUCCUGGGACUUCAAGAAUGAGGUGAAGAUCUCCAUGCCCUGGUACGUGGGGCUGGCGUUCCGGACACGCAAGCCGGACGGGGCGCUGCUUCAGGCUCAUGCCGGCCAAUACACCACCAUCCUCUGCCAGCUGGACUCCGGCAUGCUCUCCUUCGCGGUGAGUAGAGGCUCUGGGCACACCACCAAGCUCCUCCUGGACCAGGUGCACCUGAGCGACGGGAAGUGGCACGACCUCCAGCUGGAGCUGCGAGAUGUUCGCAGUGGGCGCGACGUGCGCUAUAUCAUCACUGUCAACCUGGACUUUGGGCUCUACCAGGACACAGUGGUUGUUGGAAAUGAGCUGCAUGGGCUGAAGGUGAAGCAUCUUCACAUUGGGGGGAUCCCAGGGUCUGGCGAGGUGCAGAGUGGUCUGAAGGGCUGCAUACAGGGGGUGCGCCUAGGUGACACGCCCUCUGGGAUGGCAUUGCCCAAGCCCAACAGAGCUUUGAACGUGGAGGCAGGAUGCAGCGUGCCCAACUCCUGUGACUCCAGCCCUUGCCCUGCCAACGGUAUCUGCAGGGAUGAGUGGCAGAGCUACUCCUGCGUGUGCCAGCCAGGAUACUACGGUGGCGACUGCAUGGACGUGUGCCACCUGAACCCCUGCAAGAAUAAGUCGGUGUGUCGACGGAAACCAGGCUCUCCCCUUGGCUACGUGUGUGAGUGCGGAGGAAACCAUUUUGGGCAGUACUGCGAGCACAGGGUGGAUCAGCAAUGUCCGAAGGGCUGGUGGGGGAACCCGACCUGUGGGCCCUGUAACUGCGACGUGAACAAGGGCUUCGACCCAGACUGUAAUAAAACCAAUGGGCAGUGCCACUGUAAGGAGUUCCAUUACCGCCCCAAAGGGAGUGACACCUGUCUGCCCUGUGACUGCUACCCCAUUGGCUCCUCCUCACGCUCAUGUGACCAGGAAAUGGGCCAGUGCCACUGCAGGCCCGGAGUGAUAGGUCGACAGUGCAACAGCUGUGACAGCCCUUUUGCAGAGGUGACGCCAAGUGGCUGUGAGGUGCUCUAUGAUGGCUGCCCUAAAACCCUGAGAGCUGGCGUCUGGUGGCCUCAGACCAAGUUUGGGCUCCCAGCUGAAGUGCCUUGUCCCAAAGGCUCCUUGGGUUUGCGGGGUGCAGGUGCAGCAAUUCGCCACUGUGAUGAAGAGAAAGGUUGGCUGGAGCCCGAUCUCUUCAACUGCACAUCGCCUGCCUUCAAGGAGCUCUCAACACUGCUGGAGGGCCUGGAGCGGAACGAGACGGAGCUGAACACCAUUGAGGCAAAGAAGCUGGCGCACCGGCUGCGCGCGGUGACGGACCAGAUGGAGCGCUACUUCGGCAACGACGUUCACAUCACCUACCGCCUGCUGUCCCACCUGAUGGAGUUUGAGAGCAAGCAGCACGGCUUUGGCCUGACCGCCACCCAGGACGCCCACUUCAACGAGAACCUGCUGAGGGCAGGCAGCUCGGUGCUGGCCCUAGAGAACCAGGAGCACUGGGACAUGCUGCUGCAGAGCGAACACGGCAGCAUGGGGCUGAUGGAGCAGCUGAGAGAGUACACGGGCACACUCGCCAGCAACAUGAAACUCACCUACCUAAAUCCCGUUGGCGUGGUAACCCCCAACAUCAUGCUCAGCAUUGACCGCAUGGAGAACAACACCCACGUCCGGCGGCGCUACCCCCGCUACCACAGCAGCCUUUUCCAGGGGCAGGCCAUGUGGGACCCACACACCCACGUGGUGCUCCCGCUCUCGGUGCUUACACCCCCCAAAGUGGAAGCAGCCCCCAUGAGCAGGGAAGUGAACGACACAGUGGAGAGCUCCUCCCCAAAGCUGACCCUCCCGGAGCCCGAGCCUGCCGUCACCAUCAUCAUCCUCAUCAUCUACCGCACCUUGGGGGGGCUGCUGCCAGCUCGCUACCAGGUGGAUCGCCGCAGUCUCAGACUGCCCAAGAACCCCGUCAUGAACUCCCCCAUAGUGAGCGUGUCCGUGUUCAGCAACCACACCUUCGUCCAGGGCACUCUGGACACGCCCCUGGUGCUGGAGUUCCGCCUGCUGGAGACGGCCAACCGGAGCAAGCCCCUCUGUGUCCAGUGGAAUCAUUCCAGCCAGACUGACCCUUCCGGCUUCUGGACAGCAAGGGACUGUGAUCUUGUGUUCAGAAACACCACGCAUGUGCGCUGCCAGUGUUCCCAGUUUGGCACCUUUGGGGUGCUGAUGGAUAGCUCCCACCGAGAGCAGCUGGAGGGUGACCUGGAGACCCUGGCCAUUGUCACCUAUUCCUUGGUUUCUCUUUCUCUCGUGGCCUUGCUGCUGACCUUCUCCUUCCUGACAUGUCUGAAAGGCCUCAAGUCCAACACCCGGGGCAUCCACUCCAACAUAUCUGUCACCCUCUUCUUCUCCGAGCUGCUCUUCCUCUUGGGAAUCAACCGCACUGAAAAUCAGUUCCUCUGCACUGUGAUUGCCAUCCUGCUGCACUACUUCUUCCUCUCCACCUUCGCCUGGCUCUUCGUGCAGGGCCUCCACAUCUAUCGCAUGCAGACCGAAGCCCGCAACAUCAACUUCGGAGCCAUGAGGUUCUAUUAUGCCAUUGGCUGGGGGGUGUCUGCCAUCAUCACCGGACUGGCCGUUGGCUUGGACCCAGAGGGCUAUGGGAACCCAGAUUUCUGCUGGAUUUCUAUCCACGAUAAGCUGGUCUGGAGCUUUGCAGGCCCCAUUACUGUCGUCAUUGUGAUGAACGGGGUGAUGUUCCUGCUGGUGGCCAAGAUGUCAUGUUCCCCAGGCCAGAAGGAGACCAAGAAGAAAUCAGUUCUCAUGACGCUGCGAAGCUCCUUUGUUCUGCUUCUAGUUAUUAGCACUACCUGGCUCUUUGGCCUCUUGGCUGUCAACAACAGUGUCCUGGCUUUCCACUACCUCCACACUGUCCUCUGCAGUCUCCAGGGCCUGGCCGUGUUGGUUCUGUUCUGCAUCCUGAAUGAAGAGGUGCAGGAGGUCUGGAAACUGGCCUGUCUUGGUAAGAAGAGUCAGGGCGAGGAGGCAGCUAGAUCUGCGCAGGGCCCCAACGCCUAUAAUAACACAGCCCUGUUUGAGGAGAGCGGCCUCAUUCGCAUCACCCUGGGGGCCUCCACCAUCUCCUCAGUCAGCAGCGUGCGCUCAGCCCGCACCCAUUCCAGCCAGAGGGGCUACCUCAGAGAGAACGUGAUGGCGCAUCAGGGCUCAGCCCUGGAUCACAGCCUGCUCGGUCACACCGGCCCCACGGACCUCGAUGUGGCCAUGUUUCACCGUGAUGCAGGGGGAGACCAAGACUCUGACUCAGACAGUGACCUCUCCCUGGAUGAGGAGCGCAGCCUUUCCAUCCCGUCGUCGGAGAGCGAGGAGAACGUACGCCUCCGGGGCCGGUUCCAGCGCCAGUUCAAACGGGCAGCGCACAGCGAGCGGCUCCUCACCAACCCCACCAGCACCACUCCCAAAGAUGUGGAUGGCAAUGACCUGAUGUCCUAUUGGCCAGCGCUGGGCGAAUGUGAGGUUCACCCCUGCUCUCUGCAGAAAUGGGGGUCUGAGCGGAAGCUGGGCUUUGACAUCAACAAGGAUGCUGCCAACAACAACCAGCCAGAUCUGGCCCUGACCAGCGGGGAUGAGAACUCCCUCACCCAGACCCAGCGCCAGAGGAAAGGGAUUUUGAAGAAUCGCCUCCAGUACCCUCCAGCUCUGCAAGGCUUACCAUCCGUUGGCAGAAUGACCAACGAGCUUUCCUGGUACAAAACAUCCACCCUGGGUCACAGGGCUGUUCCUGCUGCCUCUUAUGGCAGAAUCUACUCUGGUGCAGGUAGCCUCUCUCAGCCAGCGAGCCGGUACUCUUCCCGGGAGCAACUCGACAUGCUGAUGAGAAGGCAGAUGUCCAGAGAACAGCUGAGCAGGAACGACGCGGGGGAAUACUUGGAAGCUGUACGCAGCAGGCAUGGGUCCAGGGAGGAACUGGACACCAUUCUCAACAGGCCUGGAUCAAGGGAGCAAUUGGACACUAUCCCUAGUAGGCGUGGGUCUAGAGAAGACUUAGAUACAUUAGCUUCCAAGCCUGAUAAGAAAGAUCAUGGGAAUACACUACCCAGGAAGCAGGGUUCUAGAGACCAUCUAGAUACUUUACCCAGUCGAUUUGGGUCAAGAGAACUACUAGACUGUGGGCCAGUCAGAGAGGUCUCUAGAGAGUGGCUCAAUACUUUGCCUAACAGGCAAGUAUCUAGAGAUCGAAUGGACACUUUACUAAGUCGAGACAUUUCUCGAGAACAAUUGGACCUGCUUUCAGGAAGACAGCCUUCAAGGGACCAGCUAGCGUUAGCUAGACAAACUUCAAGAGAGCAGUUGGACUUUUUAUCCAGAAGAUCUAAUUCCAGAGAGCAUCUGGAUACAGUGCCUAGUAGGCAGCCAUCACGGGAAAAUCUGGAGUUUCUUUCUAGAAGACAGCCAUCCAGAGAAAAUCUAGAACCACUUUCUAGAAGGCUUCCUUCUAGAGAAAAUCUAGAACCUCUGUCUAGGAGACAGCCUUCUAGGGAAAAUCUGGAAGCAAUCCCUAGCCGACAUCCUUCCACUGAGCAAUUAGAUAUCCUUUCUUCCAUCCUUGCUUCUUUUAAUUCUUCUGUCCUGUCCUCUGUGCAAUCCUCCAGUACUCCCUCUGGCCCACAGACCACAGCAACUCCUUCUGCUGUGCAGACUUCCUCAACGCCCUCUGUGCUGUGCCCGUCACCACCUCUCUCUGCUACAUCCCACAGUAUCUCUGAGCUAUCGCCAGAUUCAGAAAUAACGAGAAGUGAAGGUCAUUCCUGAGGGGCCCGAGCUGCGGCGAGAGCGAAGGAAGAAGCAGGGACGAUCACCUGGCCAGACACUUUCAGCAGAGGUUUGGAGUCCCUGGGUGCCAGGCGCCUACAAGGAAAGAACUGAUGAUGGUGGUCAGAGGCCCAAAUCCACCCCGCCCUCCCCACCCAUUGGUUCUGGAGAACUCGUGGGGGGGAGAGGUAGGCAAACCAUCUCUGGGAGGAAGGGGUCUCAGGUACCUCUGCACCAGAAUGGAGCUGCACUGACCAAUCGCCUGCUCAACAGGGCACCCCCAGAGGAGGGGAGAAGUACUACACCAUGAGCAAACCCAGGCUGGUGCCUCUGGUUACAUAUCAAAAGCAAACAGACCGAAAUCUUCCUUUCUGAACCAUUUCUACACUGUGUGUGUGUGUGUGUGUGUGUGUGAGAGAGAGAGAGAGAGAGGGUGGGGUGGGGGUGGCCGCAGGAGAUGGGGCAGGGGAGGGUUUUAUACAUUUUGUAUCUUUGUAAUCAGAGAGAAGAGAAUUUCUAUGGUUAUUUUUACGGACUGUUCUGUUCCCGUUGCUGUGAUGCUGACAGUGUUUGUCUUGACAGCGACUCCCAGCUGUGACUAGAGGGGCUGCUGCUGGCCUUUCCACAGUGGGGCUGUGCCUGUGGAAGCCGAGAUCCCAGUGAGCGGCUUUCUCCAGGCUUUCCUUUGUGUUGUGUCCUGACCUGCAGUAGUCCCUGCUAUUCCGGCCCCGGUGCCUCCACAGCCCUGCCAACACCCCUGUCAUGCUGCUCCCAGGGCCAGUCCCACUCUCUCCCAGCAUCCUUGAUUUUCUAGUCCUGCAUAUACUGUAGCUCAUCAAUGCAUUUCAGUUCUCAGGAGAAGUCUCCUACUGUCUGAGUGCUGAGCAGAGGCUGCCAGUUGUGCCCAGCUGGACCGAGGUUUUGUGCCAGGUAGAAGCCCAUGUUUGUGUUAGAGCUGUGCUGUGUCACACAGCCAUUGCUCGAAACAGGGGCAGAGUGGGAAACCUGCUGAGUUCAUAGGGUUAGAACACAGGAAGGCAAAGCUGAUCUGUGAGAUCUCCUGCCGAGUGAAACAAGCCUCUGAGAAGCCUUCCAAAGCAGCCUACACUCUGGGCCUCUCCCCGAGUGUCCAUCUCCAAAGGCCCGAGUCCCCAGCAGGCCCCUCUCAGCAGGGAGGACGGAGGAGAACACUGAUUUUUUUAGCCACCAUCACAUGUGCAGUGUCCUCUUUUUUCCCUAGUAUUAACUGGAGCAAACCCCCUCCUUCCUCACAUCCCCAGGAGCCUCAGAGUUAGAGGCUGGCUCAGGGAGAGAGGAUAGACACUACUCUCCAUAGGAGCUAGACCUGGGUGCUCUGCAGGGUAGUGGGGAGAUUUCUCCUGUGCUGUCUCCAAGAGUGGGCAAUUCCCCAAGCCCCAGGUUAGCACCAAGUGGCCCAAGGGGAGGAGCUCUGAGAUGGUCCCAGCCAGCCAGGGAGCAUGGCUGGAGGGCACUGGCCAGGGCACCGUUGUUGCAAUAGAGGAGCAGCCUCUUAUCUCCAUUUUACACGCCAGUCCCUAGCACACAGGAGCCAGCAUCUCCCUUGGCCUGUGCUGCAGGCUGCGCUUCUGUCGGGCACAGAUUCCAGUAAUAGGGUCGUAGUGAGCCUAUACCCAGGCCGCUCCAUGUGCAUGUCCACACAUGUGCACCCCUCUCCGCCGACCCAACGCUCCCCUGGCAGCAGUGACAGCUGCCCUGUCUGCUGCAAAGGCCCACAGCUCAGAAUGGCCUGAAUGUCGAGAGGGAGAGAGCAGCUGUUUUCAACACACUGUAGUUUGACAUUUAAGCCACCCUGAUGGCUUAUCCUUCCUCCCCACAUCAAAGGGCUGGGGACUUUGAUUAUCCCAAGGAGUCCCUCAUGAUCCCUGUCAUUUUAUAUGCUGGAUUUGUGCUUAUUGAACCCGACAUGAAAAUGGAAGUAAAAGAAAGUUUGCCGACCCCCCCCCCCAGCCCUCUUUAACUGGUGUACUGCUGCUGUUUUCCCCAGAGGCACAGGCAUUACCUCCCCCUGCCAUGGGCGACAGCCUGUGCCUAGCUAUACCCUCUCAACCACCAAUGCAGUCCAUUUUGAUUGUCAAAAGCAACGUGUUUGCUAAAGUGAGUGUGGGGUGUUAUCUGUGUCUCUCUCCAGGCUGCAGCCCUCAGUGGCCUCGUGUGUCUUGCUCUGGUUAUCACCCACUUACAGAGUAAUGACACCCUAUUUACUGCCUUAUUACCAUAAAACACUAGCGUAAUGUUGACUCAAAUUAUGUAAUGUUUACACAAGGAAAGUUUUUCCAGUGAUUGUGCAAACAGGAUGGAAGGUGGUUUGCAUCCUCUGAGAUCUGGCCGCCCUGGCGCUGCCCAUGCCACCACCAGCAGGAGCCUUGGAAAUGUUAAUGGUGAUUAAAAACUGUAUUCUCAAAUACGCUCCAUGGUUGGCAGCUAGUGCAAAGGGCCUCGUGACCUUCCAGCCUGCGGCCUGAGCAAAGUGUGUGCAGGAGGAGGAGAACCUCUGCCUUGGAAGCGAUUGAUCAAAUCUGCCUCGCGGCCCGGGUCUGACGUGAGCAAGGCCCUUUAGGAGUGGAGGAAACUCCCCGCACCCGCCCAGGUUGUAUUGCCCACCGCAGCAUUGCAGCUCACGCAUUUACUCUCCUCGACUGGCCGUGGAGACUAGGGCAGCAUGCUGCAGCUCCCCCAGAGAUGGGCGGGUGGGCAAGAGGGUUACACACACCUACUUGUUUACAGAAAUGAAGCUCUAACGUGCAGUGGAGCAGAAAGCACAGGCCACGAUAUUGGCCUUCUGUCUUGAAAGAGCAGGUUCUGACAACGCUGGGGAAUGCAGACUCCCCAUCUGUGCUGGUCACCCUGUGGCACCUUCUCAGCGCCAUGUUCCUUUCAGGAAAGAUCUUGUUUACACUGUUUUUUCAGGCUGUAUAUAACCAGGACCUAGAGCUCUGUUUGUUACACUGAUUUCUACAACUGCUUCUUCAAAUGCUGUUUGUACCUUCCAUCCUGUUGUGAGUCCAUGGGGAUCUGUGCUACUUCUUAUCACCAAAAAGCUGGUUGGGUUGGCUUGUAACUGGGUUGUGAAUGGAACGCGAUUUUCGGUGGAAUUGUUUUUCUGGAGGGGUUGGUUGGAUGAAUGGUUUGUUUACACUCAAGGAGCAUUAGAGUUCAGUGAGGGAUGGCUGUGGGAGAUCACAACUCUGUGUUCAGGAGAGGCAGGUGCCAAUAUAGCUCUGGGCUGGCGCUAGCUGAUAUGGGCGGGGCCGUUUGAUUCUGAGACCACAGCCAUUAACCCUUAGAACGCUGCUGCUUUCCAGCCUGCCACCCAGGUGAACGCUGGUGGAGAGCUAUAUCGGCACCCUCCGAAAGCUCCCCGGGAAACAUCCAUGCAGAGCUUUCCACGCUGGCUGCACUGCUGAGCGAACACAGCCCCCGUCUUCAGCCCUGUCCAACACUAGCCAGCUUGCGACUUUGGGGAGAAGGGCAAGAUCCUGCUCAGGCCCGCAGGUGCCUCCCUCUGACUCUUUGUAGAUGACAGGAAUUCACACAACUGCCAAAUGGUGAGCUAGUGACAUGUGCCAAAAAAAAAAAGAGAGAGAGAGAGAGAGAGAGAGAGAGAGAGAGAGAGCAGCAACGAUAUUAGCCUUGUGCCAGGCCUUGCUGGCCUUUCCUGUGCCACUACAACCUGCUGCCUUGCAGCUCAGAAUGUUCUGGGGUGGGGAGACCCCCCUCCAUCUUUGGAAGCUGUGCUUAGCUCGUGACUCUGCGGAUUGUACUGCUGUGGCCUCGGCUGUGGAGCGCAUCCUCUGGGGGGUUGGUUGUCUCCUCUCCUUUGCCCAGUUUGUUGGCACGGAGUGGAGAGGCUCACGGGCUCCGUCCCUGGCCGUGUAAAAUUGUACCAUGAAAGCCCCAGAUUUGAAAAUAAAAUUCUAUAAAACA